CCCCCCCCCCCCCACCAUCCCGGCCAGCAAGUCAGGUCUCGAUAACACACUCACAUCACAUCACUUCGCCCCCCCUUCCUUCCUUCUUUCCUUCUUCCUCUCUUCUCUUCUCUCUUCUUUUUCACCAGACUGAACUGAACUCCUACUUCUACCCUCUACAAACAGCUUCGUCCCCUUCCUACCUCUACUAUCACCCUCCUACAUACACAAACACAACAACCCAUUCUCCUUAUCGCCCUGCACUUUGCCCACCAUGGCCGAUAGCACCCACUACUACAGCAACCAGGAGACAAGCCACGGCAACGGUUCCGCGGCUGAGCAGAUCGUGAACGGAUCGCACCCGGUCAUCCAGGAUACGAAGUCGGAUUUCAAAGGACUCGCGGGAUCCGGUCGUGGAGAUUACCAGGACGGUCAGCAGCAGCAGCAGCCGAUGUCUCACUUCCACAGCUUGUUUUACGAUCUCUUCACGUGGAAAUCCCCCAAGGCUACCGGGUUCUUCUUUUUCUCAACCAUUUCGUUGAUCUUCGCGUUCCGCUAUGUUAAUGUCCUGCGCUACGUUUUCAAGGCUGCGUACAUGCUCUUUGCGGCUGCUUCCGUGCUCGAGCUCGCCGGGAAGCCCCUUGGGGCUAAGGGAAUCGUCUCGUCGAUGCGCCCGACUCGUUACUAUACCGUCCCGCGGGAGUCGCUCGAGAUGUUCUUUGAGAACCUUCAUGACUUGACCAACUUUUUCGUCUUGGAGUUCCAGCGCGUGCUGUUCGUCGAGAACAUUUUUACUACCAUUGCUGCCUUUGUCUCUUCGUUCUUCGGCUACAUCCUGAUCAAGUACAUUCCAUUCUGGACUCUGCUUCUUCUAGCUACCGUUACUGCCUUCACUGCGCCGCUCAUCUACAUCAACAAUAAGGAGUUGAUCGAUGAGCAGAUCCAGCGCGUUUCCGACAUGGUCAACUCCCAGGUCGAGACCACCAAGAAGCUCACCGGAAAGUACGCUGAGGAAGCUGCCGUUCGCGCCAAGGCCACUGCUGCCGACCUCCAGUCCAAGGUUCAGACCUACACCAAAUCGACCUCCAAGAAGCCCGAGGCUCCCUCUACCACCUCCGCCCACGAGUAUCUGAGCAAGGAUAGCGAAGUCGUCCACGACUACCCCGCCGUUCCUUCUCAUGAGCCGCACGUUAACGAGCCCCUUCUCUCAUAAGUGACGUUCUCUCACGAGUUUAUGCCACAGGUGUGAAGGUGCACGCAUGUCCGUAAGAUAGUUGACCUGGUAAGAAUUGGAGGAAUUUGCAGUUGGGACAGGUGGAUCUAAUUCUUCCUG